AUGACAUCUCCUUAUUAUCAUCAGUUUCUUGUGCCCGGAGAUUCCAACCCUUCUCGCUCCAUUUCCGCUCCUCCUAUGCUAGACUCAAAUAUGAUAUUCGCCUUUCCUAUGGGGCAAGACUAUACCAUCGCAUUCUCAGAUAUUCGUAAUGAUCAGAUGUACGAAGAAUUUUAUGAGAGGUAUAAGGCAAAAAUGAACAUUCCGCCGCCUCUUAAUGAGCCUCUGCAUACGACACAAUCAAGGAAAAUGUCCCAAGUUUCUGAUUCUGAUGAUCGUUCUAGAUCUACAAGUGUAUUGGUAAAUCAUGUAGUGGAUACAUGCAUAAAGGAAGAAGACCCACCAAGCGGAUUUACUGAAUAUUCGCAGCCAAAUGUCCAAGAUUUCCAACCAAGCAGCUAUGGUGGCUCAGAGUUCUAUGGGUUUACACAGUUUAAUGCGCAGCAUAUAUACACAAAUGCUUUAGAUAUGGCUAAAGAUCAAAUAGGAUGCAGAAUGCUACAGAAGAAACUAGAAGAGCAAAACCCAUUUACAAUUCAGACAAUUUAUGAUCAAAUAAUGCUGCAGCUGCCAAUACUAAUGGUAGAUCCUUUUGGAAAUUAUUUAGUACAAAAAUUGAUGGAGGUAUGUGAUGAAGGAAUAUUAAGGUCAAUUAUUAGUGUCAUUUAUAAUGAAAUUACUCAAAUUUCUUUAAGUCCUCAUGGGACAAGAGCAGUCCAAAAACUGCUCGAUAUUGUGGCUAAGUAUCCGAAUCAUAUACAAACCAUAGUCGAAGCUCUGAAAAAUAACGUGAUUACCCUUAUUAAAGAUAUCAAUGGAAAUCAUGUCAUACAAAAGUGCUUACAUACCCUAGGGCAAGCCAAUACUAAUUUCAUAUAUGAAGCCACCAGUUUAAAUAUUAUUGAUAUCGGCACUCAUAGGCAUGGCUGCUGCGUUUUACAAAGAUGCAUUGACGCAGCAUCUCCAAGACAGCUAGAUCUUCUUGUUGACAAAAUCGUCGAAAAUGCAGUCGUUUUAGUUCAAGAUGCCUUUGGAAAUUACGUGGUACAGUAUGUGCUUGACUUGAAUUCACCAAAUAUAAAUGCAAGAUUGGCAUUUAUCUUCAUCCCUUAUAUGCAGAAACUAUCAACUCAGAAAUUUUCAUCAAAUGUAAUAGAAAAAUGUUUGCAGCAAAACCAAAGUGAAGUGCAACAAGCUAUGAUACAAGAAAUUGGGAAUCCAAAGAAUUUGGCAAAAAUGAUUCCAGAUCAAUUCGCUAAUUAUGGUAAAAUUUAUUUAGUCGUACAGCGAGCUUUAAGCCUAGCUGCGCCUCUGCUUUUUACAAAAAUGAUGAGGGAUAUAAAGCCUCUUAUGGAUGACUUGAAAAGAAGCCAAUUUGGGAAGAAAAUUUAUUCAAAAUUAAUGAAAAAAUAUCCAGAGCUAGCCGACAAAAGGUAAAGAAUAUUUAGCAAUGGACGUGGGAAGUAA